AGCGACUCCGUUUCUUGGCCAUGGCUUUGCCCUCCUUUGGCGCUGCCGAUGGCGAAGCUGAGGUCUCUGCAGAGGUCUUCGAACCUUUGUCGCCUCUGGCACUCCAGGCCGUGGAGGAUGACGAUGAGUUGCUUCCUGGCCCUGAGGACGAUGUGGAAGGGCAGGUGGAAUGUUUCUUGGAGACCUUGCCCACGAGCGAUGCCCAUGAGGUGGUUCAUAGCCUCCUUGAAAGUGACACGCCCGAGAGCAAGGGCAUUGUGGAGCUACAGGUGGACGAUCGCAGCGAACGCAUCGAGGAAUCCUGUGAGUUCCUCCUGCGACUCCUGGAGUUCUGCCCCUCUGUGGAGAAGAGACAACACGUCCUGGAGACAUGGCUCCGACGCAAUCCGCGGGAAAACCAUCCGCGCAAAGGGAAGAAGAGCCUUUCUCCUGCGACUUCGUCCGACUUCUUGGAACUUCGUCGAGUACAGCGACUGAAUUCCAAUGUCAUGACCCCGGCCGUGUCCAUGCGGGCGGAGUCUCCAGGUAGAAGGUGUUUUGGCCGUGAGCCAGGAGAGCAGCUGUUUACCUUGCACGAGUUUGCUCCAGUGCAAGAGGCCUUUCGGUCAUAUGACAAGCAAUGCCCUGGUAGCAUUGACACAAAAUGUCUCGCCAAGGUGCUGAGAGUUGGAGGUCUCACCGACGAUGAGAUCUCCAAGCUUCUCCAGGGCGCGGGUCUGGGCGUCAGCAGCGAGCCCGUGGACUACGAGGCGUUUCUGGAAUGGAUGUUCAGGCGGUAGGAGCGAUGAAGUACUGAAUUGGCUGACUAGUGCUCAAGAGAGACGCGAGCGACGCGAGCAGGGCUUAGUGAUGUUCC